AUGACCCACACAUACAAGUUCAACGUUGCCAUGAGCUGCGGCGGCUGCUCGGGCGCCAUCGAGCGUGUCCUCAAGAAGCUCGAAGGUGUCGAGUCGUACAACGUCUCUCUCGAGACCCAAACAGCUGAAAUCACGGCUGCCGACUCGCUCGACUACGAGACGGUCCUGGAGAAGAUCAAGAAGACGGGCAAGACGGUCAAGUCGGGCGAGGCCGACGGCGAGCCCAGGGACAUCUAGGCCGGCGCAUCCAUGGCUGCUGGAAUGUCGUUUUCUUCUGUCUUGUCAUGUUUCGUUUCCUUGUUCUGGCCAUUGUGCGGUCGACAUACGGUCGCGUUGAUGAGCACGUUUCUUGCUGCUGCUACUGCAACCCUCUAUGCUUAUACCUGCGGCGGCGUAUAGAUAUGGCGGCUGAAUAAAGGAUACCCGCACUGCAUCAUCUACCCUACCUUGCAUUGACCUCGACCUAUAUUCUGCAUGCAGCUGUGAAUCC